AUGUCAUUCUCCAGGGUAGCCCCCUCGAAAGCCUUGCUCACAUCACUCCGAAGAUCAGCAUUUUCACCAAGGUUACCCACCGCAACUGGGAGGCAGUUAAGAUGGGAAUCCACAGACCAUAAGCCGGCGCAGGAUGGGAAGUCAUUCCGAGGGCAGCUGUACGGGAGUACCGCGAUGCGGUUGCAGCGUGAAAAGGCCAAUCGAGAGCGAUAUUCUCGGGAGCGCAAUGAGAGCGCUGGGGGGAGAAGUUUGGCACUUACGUUUGUCGUCAUUGCUACCGCGAUUGGGGGUUACUAUACAGGAACUCUCUCCGUAUCCCCUCCCUCAACAGCAUCCACCCUCCCCCUCUCCACGACCACACCUCCCAAACACAAUACCUCAGGUUCAAACAUGGAAGCCGCAUGGGCAGAUUUCGUCGAGAUCGUAGGGAAAGAACAUGUCUCGACGCUAGAUACAGAUGUCGAGCAUCACGCAGGCAGUGAAUGGAGCUCACAUGUCGGAGAUAGUUCAGAACGACCAUUCUUAGUUCUAUAUCCCUCGAGUACGGACGAGGUGAGUAUGAUCAUGAAGGUUUGCCACAAGAGACAAAUUCCCGUCACCGCUUAUAGCGGGGGAACGAGUCUAGAGGGUCAUUUUGCUGCAACGAGGGGAGGUAUUUGCAUUGAUUUUGGGAGGAUGGGGAAGAUUCUCAAGCUGCAUAAGGAGGAUAUGGAUGUUGUUGUUCAACCUGCGGUAGGGUGGGAAAUGCUGAAUGAAGAGUUGGCUAAGGAUAAUCUCUUCUUUCCUCCCGAUCCAGGCCCCGGGGCGAUGAUUGGGGGCAUGGUGGGGACGGGGUGCAGUGGGACAAAUGCGUAUCGGUAUGGGACAAUGAGGGAGUGGGUCUUGAGUUUGACAGUUGUGCUUGCGGAUGGGACGAUAAUUAAGACGAGGCAACGGCCGAGGAAAAGCAGCGCUGGGUAUGACUUGACGAAGCUAUUCAUUGGGAGUGAAGGCACUCUAGGCUUAGUUACCGAGGCCACAUUGAAGGUUACAACGAAGCCUAAUACGACCAGCGUGGCGGUCUGCAGCUUUGGGACCGUAAGGCAAGCUGCAGACUGCGUUUCCAAGGUUGUCAGUGAGGGGAUCCCGAUCGCCGCGAUUGAGAUCUUGGAUGAUGUGCAGAUGAAAUGCAUCAAUGCAUCAGGCAUGACAGAUAAAUCAUGGGCAGAAGCCCCAACCCUAUUUUUCAAAUUCGCGGGCACGCCCGGUGGGGUCAAGGAGCAGAUCGCGAUGGUACAGAAGCUGGCAAAAUCUACUGGAAGCAAGUCUUUCGAGUUCGCAAAGAAUGCUACGGAGCAAGAAGAAUUGUGGAGUGCGAGGAAGGAAGCUUUGUGGUCUGUGAUGGCCAUGCGGAGAGAUGAUAGCGACCAUGUUUGGACGGGAGAUGUGGCAGUGCCUAACUCGAGGUUACCGGAUAUCAUCGAGCUGACGAAAGAGGACCUUGCUGCGAGUGGGUUGUUUGCUGCCAUUGUUGGACAUGUUGGGGAUGGGAACUUCCACACUAUUCUUUUGUAUAAUGAUAGCCAACGAAAGCAAGCUGAGGAUCUUGUCCAUCGCAUGGUAAAGAGAGCGGUGGAGAUGGAAGGUACAGUCACUGGGGAGCACGGGGUGGGAUUGGUGAAGAGGGAUUAUCUCAAUCACGAGCUAGGAGAGACAACUGUGGAUGCUAUGAGAAAGCUUAAAUUGGCUUUCGAUCCGCUGUGCCUCUUGAACUGCGAUAAGGUUGUUCGAGUACAGACCCCUAAGCCUGGAGAAGUCUCUGAGUGGUGA